AUGUCGGAUACCCGCUCUCUUGGCCGCAACGGCCCCCUUGUGAGUGCCAUCGGGCUCGGUACGAUGAGUCUUGGAGGCGCCUACGGCCAGCAGGACUCGGAAGAAGAGAAGUUGGCCUUUCUCGACCAUGCAUAUGCCAUCGGUCAACGCUUCUGGGAUACAGCGGACAUUUACUUUGACAGUGAACCAGUCAUUGGCAAGUGGUUUAAGCGAUCCGGGAAACGUGACGAGAUCUUCCUCGCGACCAAGUUCGGGUUAGACUACACGGACUGGAAGCAGACAAUUCAGUCCGACCCGGAGUAUGUGCGGAUGGCGUGUGAGAAGAGCCUGGUGCGUCUUGAAGCGGACACGGUUGAUCUGUAUUACUGCCAUCGGGUUGACGGAGUGACUCCCAUUGAGAAGACUAUCGAGGCCAUGAUGGAAUUGAAGAAGUGCGGGGGAAAGAUUCGCUACUUGGGGCUAUCCGAGGUCUCUGCAGCUACGAUACGCCGUGCGUAUGCUGUCCACCCGAUCUCCGCUGUGCAGAUGGAGUACAGUCCGUUCUGCCUAGAUAUCGAGCCCCCGCAGUCCGAUGUGCUCCAGACCUGCCGCGAACUGGGCAUCACUGUGGUCGCAUACAGCCCGAUGGGCCGAGGCCUGCUGACUGGUCAAUUUCAGCCGAAGAAGACCUUCGGUGACAAGGACUUCCGUCUCAUGAUUCCACGCUAUGAAGCCGGAUUUGACCGCAUCCUACAAGUCGUCGAGACGAUGAAGAUAAUCGGCGAGGCUCACGGCUGCACUCCCUCUCAGGUAGCUCUGGCAUGGCUACUUGCUCAGGGACCAGACAUCAUUCCCAUCCCUGGCACUCGAACGAUCAAGUAUCUAGAGCAGAACGCGGCCGCAGUGAACGUGAAGCUCACCGAUGAAGAGAUCAAGGAGAUCCGGAAGCGUAUUGAGGAGAGCGAAUUCGCCGGUGAUCGUUAUCCCCACGGGAUGGAGUUUUCCACUGAUACUCCGUCGCUGUGA